CUCGUCUCCGAAGCACACGACCAUGCUGCGUCUCCUUGCUAAUGCUACUCUCUUGGCCCUCGCGGUGGCUACUCCAGACCCAAAUCCGAACAAAGAGACCAACUUCUCGACCGUCACAUGGGACAACUGGAGCAAGACGCGAAAGCUGAAUCCGAGGGUGCAGCAUAUUCCGCUCGACCCUGAGAAGAGUCACCUGCGACCGCCUCCAGCGCAAAUCCCCGACACGUUUGACAUGUUUGUGGGGUCUUCGGUCUACCGAGAUGGUUAUCGCUGCGGUAAAACUCUUUUCACGGCGCUGAAAAGAGCGACGCAUCCGGAACGUCUGCAGUUUGGCAUUCUGGAACAAAUCUACGAAGGAGAUCCUACUUGUUUGGACGAAUACUGCAAAAUGGCUGCGGAGGAGUGGCCUGAAGAUACCGAGUGUCGACACAAAAACCAGAUCACCAUCGACACUCGUGACGCUGCUGAGUCUGCUGGUUGCACGACUGCGCGUCAUCUGCAGCAGAAGUUGGUGGGGGAUCAAGAGUUCUGCCUCCAAGUCGACGGCCACAGUGUCUUCACCAAUCGCUGGGACGAAAACAUCCUUGCCGACUGGGCUUCCAUUGACAACGAGAUGGCCGUCAUGACAAUGUACCCGCACAACACGCACAAGGAGAUGAUCAAGGACAAUGGCGACAACAACGUCAUCAACUCCGUCCCUCACUUGUGCACUGUUAUCAAAGGCGGCAACGGUCUGACGCGUAUCAACGGAGCGGCUGUGAUCAGCGACUCGUGGAUGCCUCAAAUGGCCGCUCUGUGGGGCGGUGGCUACUCGUUUAGCAAGUGUCAUGCGGAGCGCAAAGUGCUUGUGGAUUCCCACACUCCGUGGCUCUGGGACGGCGAGGAAUUCAUGCGCUCUGCCAAUUAUUGGACAUACGGCUACGACUUGUACUCGCCCAGUAGAUUGGGCAACGUUUUGUUCCACAAUUAUUCUCAAAAGCCCGCCAGCUUUUGGGUGUCGCCGAUGGAUCCGGAGAAGAAGAAACUUGACACUGAAAUGAGCCGCAAUCGUGUUCGUCUUCGCAUUGGAAUGCCGUUCAAGGGCUCUGUGGAUACGUUUGAGCUUGACAAGUACGGCUUCGGCAAGGUGCGGUCCUUUGAGAGCUACUUGAAGUUUGCCAACAUCACGUUUGAGGGCUGGAUGAACGAUACCAAUUCCUGUGGCCAGCUACGCUGGGUCCCGUACGAGAAUGCUACUGAGGUAGAGGAGACAGUUAGUCGUGGCUGGAAAUUGUACGACGAAGAUGUCAAUGAGUUUGACUACGAAGACCCGGAGCCCAUCCUCGACAAUGGCGAAGAGGUAAACCGCACGUCUACUAUGACUGAGAAUAAUUUAGAUGUGGAUAUGAACGAGGAACCGGAUCAACCAAUUGUAGCAGCUCAAGUCAAGAACGCGGCAGCAAUGGACAAUCAACUCGACAACAACUUGGCUGCUAAACUGCGGCAUGGUGUACCGAACCCGUUCGAGAUAAGCUCUGGGCCCGCUAUUCCAACUGGCAUUGUCGUUGUUCUCAUUUUGGCCGUUAUGUUCGUUACGCUCUCAAACGACGCGAAUUCCCGCGCAAUUCGCCGUCGAGUUUGCGUGAAUAUGAAGAAUAAGGCAAGUCACGCCAUUGAAUAGCAUUGCACGUUUGAAAAAUAAACACUUGGUUAG